GCCCCUCUGACUGCCGAUUUUUGUUUUUUAAAGCCUGAACUUGAAGUACACUCGUGCUGCAGUCAUACAGAUGGGUGUAAUACAUCAUUGAUGCAGAAUCGCAGAGGCCUGCAGAGGAUCAGAAUGAUGUAAUCUGUGUUUGUGCCCGUUAGCUGAAGAAUGAGGAUGAGGAUGAUGAUGAUGAUGUUUGCUGCUGGUGCUUUUAGCAUGUAACGUUAUGCUAAUAUUAGCUCACCUCCUUCAGUUUUUGUGUGUGUGAACAGAUGACGUAGCAGCCCACAGCUGUCCUCUUCACGUCCGUCUCUUUUAGAGCAGGACAGUCGUAUCUCUGAGGGAUUAUUCGGACACAUCUGAGAGAUAAGUGCAGCCUGUGUGAUCUGUGCUGUGUUGAAGAUGAGCGUCUGUGAGGAGCAGGAGGAGCUUCACAUGAACAGCUGUCUGUGGUGAACAUGUCCGUGCACGAGGACUCAGAUCACCCGCGCUUCUUUGUGGGAGCGGAGGACGGCGAGGGAGACGAGCUGCUGGAUCCGGGCAGAGUGCUCGCAUAUGACUGCUUUUACGAAAACGUGGAAGAGGAGGAUGAUGCAGAAUAUGAUUCGCCUCCUGAGAGACAGAUCGUGGUGGGCAUCUGUGCCAUGUCUAAGAAGUCAAAGUCCAAACCUAUGAAGGAGAUCCUGGAGAGACUGUGUCUGUUCAAAUACAUCACUGUGGUCACGUUUGAAGAGGAAGUGGUGCUGAAUGAGCCGGUGGAAAACUGGCCGCUCUGUGACUGCCUCAUCUCUUUUCAUUCCAGAGGAUUCCCCCUUGAUAAAGCCGUGGCUUACAAGAAGCUGAGGAACCCGUUUGUCAUCAAUGAUCUAGAUCUUCAGUAUUUUAUUCAGGACAGGAGAGAGGUGUAUCAUAUACUGAAGGCUGAGGGAAUACAGCUGCCCCGCUUUGCAGUUCUGAACAGAGAUCCUGCCAGACCAGAAGAAUGUAAUCUGGUGGAGGGAGAGGACCAUGUGGAGGUGAAUGGAGAGAUCUUCCAGAAGCCUUUCGUGGAGAAGCCAGUGAGUGCUGAAGACCACAAUGUCUACAUCUACUACCCCACAUCUGCAGGAGGAGGCAGUCAGCGGCUCUUCCGCAAGAUUGGCAGCAGGAGUAGCGUGUAUUCUCCGGAGAGUAACGUCAGGAAGACUGGAUCCUACAUCUAUGAGGAGUUCAUGCCCACGGAUGGAACGGAUGUGAAGGUGUAUACUGUAGGUCCUGACUAUGCCCACGCAGAGGCCCGUAAAUCUCCAGCUCUGGAUGGGAAGGUGGAACGAGACAGUGAGGGAAAAGAGGUCCGUUACCCAGUCAUCCUCAAUGCCAGAGAGAAACUCAUCGCAUGGAAAGUCUGUUCGGCUUUCAAGCAAACGGUGUGUGGGUUCGAUCUGCUCCGUGCUAAUGGCCAGUCAUACGUCUGUGACGUCAACGGCUUCAGCUUCGUCAAGAACUCCAUGAAAUACUACGAUGACUGUGCAAAGAUCCUGGGGAAUAUCAUCAUGAGAGAGCUGGCUCCACAGUUUCAGAUCCCGUGGUCUAUUCCUUUAGAAGCAGAGGACAUUCCCAUAGUUCCCACAACCUCUGGGACCAUGAUGGAGUUGAGGUGUGUGAUUGCUGUGAUUCGACACGGUGACAGAACUCCCAAACAGAAGAUGAAAAUGGAGGUUCGACAUCAGCGGUUUUUUGACCUCUUUGAAAAAUGUGAAGGUUACAAAAGUGGAAAACUGAAAUUGAAAAAACCAAAACAACUCCAAGAAGUGUUGGACAUUGCCAGGCAGCUGUUGGUAGAACUGGGCCAAAAUAAUGAUUCAGAAAUUGAAGAGAGCAAAGCCAAGCUUGAACAGCUGAAAACUGUCCUUGAAAUGUAAGUGGGUCCAGUAAGUUUAUUAAUAGGAGUCAAGCAGUAAAGAUGUUUAGGCACCUAGUUAUUGUAUUAAUAGUCUUCUGCCAUUGAAUCUGAUUUCGUAGUCUAUUCCUUGAGAGAAUGAAAUGCAUGCAGAAAAGGGUGGGUAAAUGAUG